GCCGCGUGAGUUCUCCACUGGCUGCUCUGAAAAGCCAUCUUUGCAUUGUUCCCGUGUCCACCUCACCGCUCGCCGCAGCCACCUCCGCCGCGCGCCUCCUCCGCCGCCGCGGACUCCGGCAGCUUUAUCGCCAGAGUCGUCGAACUCCCGCUUUCUUUUUAAUCCGUGCAUCGGAUCACCGGCGUGCCCCAUCAUGUCAGACGCGGCCGUGGACACCAGCUCCGAAAUCACCACCAAGGACUUAAAAGAGAAGAAGGAAGUUGUGGAGGAGGCGGAGAAUGGGAGAGAGGCACCUGCUAACGGAAAUGCUGAGAACGAGGAAAAUGGGGAGCAGGAGGCCGACAAUGAGGUAGAUGAAGAAGAGGAGGAAGGUGGGGAGGAAGAGGAGGAGGAGGAGGAAGGUGAUGGUGAGGAAGAGGAUGGAGAUGAAGAUGAGGAGGCUGAGGCUGCUACAGGCAAACGGGCAGCUGAAGAUGACGAGGAUGACGAUGUUGACACCAAGAAGCAGAAGACCGAUGAGGAUGACUAGACAGCAAAAAAGGAAAAGUUAAACUUAAAAGGCCACCGUGACCUAUUCACCCUCCACUUCCCGUCUCAGAAUCUAAACGUGGUCACCUUCGAGUAGAGAGUCCCGCCUGCCCGCCCGCCCACUGCGGGCAGCGCCACCGCAGAUGACACGCGCUCUCCACCACCCAACCAAAACCACAACGCGAAUUUGCAACAGGGGAGGAAAAAAGAACCAAAACUUCCAAGGCCCUGCUUUUUUUCUUAAAGUACUUUAAAAAGGAAAAUUUGUUUGUAUUUUUUAUUUACAUUUUAUAUUUUUGUACAUAUUGUUAGGGGGUCAGCCAUUUUUAAUGAUCUCGGAUGACCAAACCAGCCUUCGGAGCGUUCUCUGUCCUACUUCUGACUUUACUUGUGGUGUGACCAUGUUCAUUAUAAUCUCAAAGGAGAAAAAAAACCUUGUAAAAAAAGCAAAAACAACAACAAAAAAACAAUCUUAUUCCGAGCAUUCCAGUAACUUUUUGUGUAUGUACUUAGCUGUACUAUAAGUAGUUGGUUUGUAUGAGAUGGUUAAAAAGGCCAAAGAUAAAAGGUUUCUUUUUUUUCCUUUUUUUGUCUAUGAAGUUGCUGUUUAUUUUUUUUGGCCUGUUUGAUGUAUGUGUGAAACAAUGUUGUCCAACAAUAAACCGGAAUUUUAUUUUGCUGAGUUGUUCUAACAAA